CUUGCCUCCCACACCGUCUCCACGGACCCCCGGAGCCUCCGCCACCCCGACCAUGGCCCAGAAGCCGAAGGUGGACCCCCACGUCGGGCGGCUGGGAUACCUGCAGGCACUGGUCUCGGAAUUCCAGGAGACGGAGAGCCAAGACGCCAAGGAGCAAGUCCUGGCCAACCUCGCCAACUUCGCCUAUGACCCCAGCAACUACCAGUAUCUGCGGCAGCUGCAGGUCCUGGAUUUAUUCCUCGAUUCGCUGUCGGAAGAGAAUGAGACCCUGGUGGAGUUUGCCAUUGGCGGCCUCUGCAACCUGUGUGCAGACAAGGCCAACAAGGAGCACAUCCUGCAGGCAGGCGGCAUCCCACUCAUCAUCAACUGCCUGUCCAGCCCCAACGAGGAGACGGUGCUGUCUGCUGUCACCACACUCAUGUACCUGAGCCCGUCGGGCCCCGGCUCCCACCCUGAGCUGACCGCCCUGCCUGUGGUCCAGUGCAUGCUGCGUUUCUCUCUCUCCGCCAACACGCGCCUCCGCAACCUGGCCCAGAUCUUCCUGGAAGACGUCUGCUCCCCGAGCCAGGUGGCUGAAGCCCACCGCUGGGGGGUGCACUCUGCCCUGGGCAUCCCAUUGCCCAAGGACUGAGGCCCACAGCACCCCUGCUCCCGGGGGGCCUCGUGCAGGAGAUAAAACCAUGGUGGGGGCACAGGAGUGGGGCCAGCACAGCACCCCCAAGCACAUUCUCCCAGAGUGGUGCCUUCUCUCUCACACAGUGCUCAGGACAGGAGUCUCCAGCGUGAUGAAAAGGCGUUAGAAGACCUGCGGAACCAGACUUCGUGACACUGGCAGAAGAAAAUGAAGGGUGGUGCCACUUCAUGGGCUGGCUCGCCCCCGAACUGGAGGCUGAGGUCCUGCCUCCCAGGCCCACUCCACUGCAGGCUCCGCCGAGCAUAGAACCUCCAGGUUCCUGGAUCCACAGGCUUCGGAGAAGGGGCUUCUCAGGCGGAGCACCAGGGACCGGAGGCUCAGGAGCGUUGUCUGUACUUCAGUGAGUAGGGCAUCGUCCCUGAAUAGGGGGUCUGGAGUGAUUUCAAGGGAUAGAAAUGAGAAGUCUCAUGGCUAAAAGCAUCUCGGGGGCCCUGGGAAGCAGGAAGGGUGUGUCAGCCCAGUGACUGUUAAUGUGGCCAUCAGGCAUUAAGACCAAGGUCACAGAGGUGACAACACAUCAGAAUAAAGGCAGGAACCCGUGAAGCCACGUCUUCUCCCCUCACCACCCCCAGGGCUCUCUCUGCCAUCAGGGUUAGUGAGAGCGAGUCCCUGCUGGUCAGCAUGUUGUGUGGGACCCAAUAGAAAGCUGGGGCUUGGGAGCAAUGAGGGGUCCUGACCCCUCUUCUCCACUGCCUUAGAGUUAGCCCCUGAGAUGGCCAAGGAAAGGUCAAGCGUCUUAGAAAGGGAGGAGGGAUGGUCUCUGUUACGGAUUGUGGAUGGUCUCUGUUAUGGAUUGUGUCCCCAAAAAUGUGUUGUAAAUCCUACUAAAUUCGGGAGUCGGGUUUUCUUUGUUAUGUUAAUGAGGCAGUAUCAGUGCAGGGCGUGUCUUAAACCAAUCUCUCUGAGACAGAAAAGAGCAGAUGAAGUAAGCAAUCAGAGAUGGGGGAAGAGAGCUACCAUGCCACAUGGGAUCUCCAAGGAACCCAGGAACAGACAAGGACCUUCCCCCAGAGCCAACAGAGAGAGCACCUUCCCCUAGAAGGCUCCUUCUAGCCUCCUAAAUGGGGAGAAUAAAUCUCUCUUCGUUAAAGCCACCAACUUGUGGUGUUUGUUACAGCAGCACUAAGAAACUAAGACAAUGUCUCAGUGGGAGCGGAGGCAGGCAGAUUCGGAGCCACUGGACUCGGGAGAGCAAGGGGAGGGAGGGAAGGCCUCAUCAGCCCUGGUCCAGUGCCCCUCCCACCUCCUGUACUUUUUCUGUCCCAAAUAAAGGGCCCUAAGAAACCAGAG